AUGAAUGACACAGCAGAAGUGGUGCGGUCCAUACAGACUCCUUCUCGUGCCUUGCUGUCCAUGCUGCCAUGCUUCCUCUUCUUGUAUGUCAAUGCUGUUAUGUUGUUCGCUCUGCUGAGAAAACCACUGCUUCUUGAGUCCUCACGAUAUAUCCUUUUUGGUCAUUUGCUCUUUACUGACUCUCUGCAGCUGCUGGUAUCAAUGUUACUCUAUAUUUUUGCUGUUACAAUGAUCAAAAUGUCUAGUUAUGUAUGUAUAAUCUUCACUUUAAUUGCAGGUGUAACUGUCAAAAUGUCUCCCCUUAAUCUGGCUGUGAUGUCUCUUGAAAGAUAUGUUGCUAUAUGUUUUCCUCUAAGAUAUAUUAAUAUUGCCACAACUAGAACAACUGGAGUUGCAAUAGCUGUUAUGUGGUCUAUGGCUUCCUUGGACUCUUUUACACAGCUGUUUCUGUUUGUUAGCUCUACAAAUACCAGCUUCACCACUCACUGCACCAGGCAAUCUGUCUUUAAACUUCACAUUUACACAACACUCAACAGAUCAUUCACUAUCAUGUACUUUGUACUAGUCAGUAUGAUCAUUAUAUACUCAUACAUUGCUAUAAUGGUGAGUGUCAAAACAUCUUCAGCCAAUGUCUGCCAUGUUGACAAAGCCCACAGAACGGUCCUAUUACAUCUAUUACAACUGUGUCUUUGUCUCACUUCCACUUUAUUUAACAUGAUAAAUUCAAGUGGGCUAUGGAACAUAGACCCAGCUACUGCUAUACAUGUUCAGUACGCACUUUUCCUUGGCCUAAUCAUGUUCCCCAAAUGUCUGAGUCCACUUCUGUAUGGACUCAGGGAUAACCAUUUCAGACACGUUUUGAAAGACUGUUUUACUUUUGGGCUAGAAAGAAGAGCAAAGAUAAGACCAGCUCCAAAAUUUUGA